CCCCGACGCACCUGUGCUACACAAAGCCAUGUCAAUGUACAGACGCCUCUGACCAAGACAUGGCUGGAUACACACAUAUAUAUGUAUUGAUAUCAAUAUGUCUAGAUGGAAUUGGAAUUAGCGGCUUGCUGGAAGCACAAUCUUCAACAUUCAGGGAGUCUACCCUUGUCAUUCCUAAACUCAUCGGCGAACGAGCCAAGAGACAUGAACACAGCGAAAAACUCUACCCCGAGCAAAGACACUCCGAGCGCUUGACGUACUCAAUAAGGAUUGGCGACAGAGACCGUACUCUACACCUGGAGAAAAACAGGGACUUCCUGUCAGCUGAUUUUGUGGAGUAUUCCCACAGUUUGCGAGGGAAACUGGUUGAAAGGACGCCGGCGAACCAUGUGCACUGUCAUUACCAUGGUUACGUGGAGGAUGAUGAGGACUCACUGGUUGCCCUCAGUACCUGUGCAGGGCUCAGCGGUGUGAUUCAUGUGGAUGAAAAGAGUUACGGACUGAAGCCGGUUCCUCAGUCCAGAUCCAGUGAACACCUCCUUUACACUCUGGACCAGUCUGGGUCGGAACCAUUUGUGUGUGGCCUCUCCAACACCACGGCCCACACAGACCCCCACCCACCUCACCACCUCUCCCUGGCCGUGCUCCUGAGGCGCAAGCGGAACCUCCCUCAGACGCGCUACGUGGAGCUGGUGCUGGUGGUGGACAAGCUGAGGUACGACUUCAAGAAGCAGAACAUGACAGCAGUGAGAGAGGAGGCAGUACAGCUGGCCAACCUCCUGGAUGGGUACUAUAAGCGUCUGAACGUGCGUGUGGUUCUGGUGGGCCUGACGGUGUUUGAGGAGGAGAACCCCUUCAGUGUGGACGAGGGCUCGGCAGGGGACGUGUUGGGGCGCUUCGUCAGCUGGAGACGCACAGUACUGCUCCCCAAGAGGAGACACGACGUGGGACAACUCAUAGUGGGGCGGUCCGGUGCGUACCCCAAUGGCGUGCUGGGAAUGGCCUUCGUUGGCACCGUGUGUUCUGUGCACAACUCUGGAGGAAUCAACGUGUUCAGCGGCGAUGAUGUGGCUGGGUUCUCUACAGUGUUGGCCCACGAGAUGGGACACAAUCUUGGCAUGGGUCACGAUGGCGGGGGUUGCUCCUGCGACGGACAGAGUGGCUGCAUCAUGGCACCGUCCGCUGGGGGGGCGCCCUUGUUCAGUGACUGCAGUGGGGACGACUUCCAGCAGCUGAUCCUGGGGGGAAGGGGGGGCUGUUUACUGAACCAGCCCCCGCCCUCUGACGUGGUUACCGUGGCGGUGUGCGGCAACGCAGUCCUGGAGGAGGGAGAGGAGUGUGACUGCGGAACUCCAGAGGAGUGUAAGAGUCGGUGCUGUGACGCAGCCACCUGCCGUCUCACGUCUGGCUCGGUGUGUGCUGAGGGAGCCUGCUGUCAGGACUGCCAGUUUAGAGUGGCAGGAUCAGAAUGCAGAAGGUCGGAGAACCAGUGUGACCUGCCUGAGUUCUGUAGCGGUUCCUAUGCGUUCUGCCCUGGGGAUUACUACCUGAUGGACGGUCUGUCCUGUGCUAAUGGAGAAGCCUUCUGCUACGAGGGACGCUGCCAAACUUAUGACUACCAGUGCAAGCAGCUGUUCGGCCCAACCGCCACUAAAGCAGACGACCGAUGUUUCGCUACUUUCAACAUCAGAGGAGACAAGUUUGGCAACUGUGGCUACAGCGGUUCCGAGGCAAUCCGAUGUGCCUUAGAAAACGUGAUGUGUGGAAAGAUCCAGUGCACCAACUUUGACUCAGACAACCAACCCGUAGGUGUGACCAUCGGCACACAGAACCUAGGGGACGGGGUCGUUUGUAAGAACGCAGAUUAUAAUUUGGGCACUGACGUACUUGACCCAGCUUACGUCAACCAGGGCAGUGUGUGUGCUCCCGGAAAGGUCUGUCUGACCCAAAAGUGUUUGAAUGACUCGGCCCUGAUUCAGGAUACUAGCUGCAAUGCUGGGGAGACAUGCCAUGGCAACGGGGUGUGUAAUAACGAGGCGAAUUGCCACUGUAAUGGCGGAUGGGCCCCCCCUCGUUGUGACCGCGGCGGGAGAGGAGGCAGCGUGGACAGUGGCCCCGCCCAGAUUGACCACUCUCUGCGUGACGGCCUGCUGAUCUUCUUCCUGCUGGUGGUUCCUCUGGUGGUGGUGAUCGUUCUGGCGCUGCUCUACGUCUUCAGAAGAGACACUCUAGAACCCUGCCUGAGGGCCGUCCACUCCAAACCCUCCAGGUCACAUGACACCCAGUCCCAGGCCAAUGGCAACCUGCAGAGAACCACCUCCCCCCAACAGCUGGCCCCCACAAACCCUCAGCCUUUCCCUCCGUAUCAGUCAGAAGCUUCAGUCAGCUAUGACCCUUGGCAGAAUAGUGAACUUAGGAACGGAGAUGUUGCUCCUGCUCCUGCUCCGGCGUCUAGGCAGGGUCCAGGAGUUCCCCGACCCAUCCCACCAAGACAAGUCCAGUGACAUCACAGCACCCGACCCAUCCCACCAAAACAAGUCCAGUGACAUCACAGCACCCGACCCAUCCCACCAAGACAAGUCCAGUGACAUCACAGCACCCGACCCAUCCCACCAAGACAAGUCCAGUGACAUCACAGCACCGACCCGUCACUCACUGUCAAUGUCCUCAAGGCAGGUUUGCUUCCUCAUUUUAUAGCAUGAAAACUUUUUUUUCUGUUUGUGAAUAAUCAACACAAUGAAAUAACAUAACAAUACACACAAACAUAUAUACACAUGUAAAUAAAUGAAUAAAUAAAUAAAACAAAAUCAUGUAAACAAUGAUAGUUUCUAAGUAAAUAUGCGCGUACAUGAAUACACAGCUGUUGGCUCUGGAAUGAAGUGUGUGCGCGUGUGUGUGCGCGUGUGUGUGUGUGUGUGCGUGCAGCAGCCAUCAAACCUCUAAAUGUUCAGUUGUUUCGCUGUCUAUGAAGGAAAGAUAUUGUCUGUAUUGUUAGGUGCUUUGAUUAUUAGGUUGGGUCUUAGAUUGAUGUUAUGUGUGUGUGUUCCAAAAUGCUUCCAGUUGUACCAGAAUACUGAAUUAUGAAGGAAAUGAUGGCUUCUGUUUAUUUUAAAAAAAAAUUAAUCUCAAUGUUAUGUACCUUACUGGUAUUAAUGUACUGUGUGUAUGCGACUGUAUGUAUGCUCUCCUUUGAUGAUGAUGGAAGCAUGCUUUCGUAAAGGAAUAAUUUCGUGGUAAUUUGUAAUCUCUGUAUUUUAAUGAUGAACAAAUAUCAAUGUAUUAAAAGGGAAUCUUUAUUUUGUA